UAUCCUUCCUUCUUGCCCUCAAAAUGUGCGAAAGGGUUCAGGAAGAGUGAGGGGCACCCCAGAAUCGUGAUGGGUCUGCAGCCCAGGAGCCGAUUGGGGUCUGUGGGGUGCGUGGGGAGGGGUCGCGGGAGGUGCAGGGGGGGUUGUGCAUCCUUGUGCCCAUCAGGGGGGCUGUGGGUAAGCACCCCCCCUCCUCCCCGCACCCCUUCCCUGGGCAGCUGGGCUCAGCGCCUGUGCUCCGUGGCCGGGGGCGGUGACACCAUCUUCGCCGUCUCGUCGGGCCACGGGCGCUGCGGGGUUGCCGUGAUCCGCACCAGCGGCCCGGGCAGCCGCGGGGCCCUGCGCAGCCUGUGCCGGCCCCCCGAGCUGCCCCCGCCCCGCGUCAUGGCCCUGCGCCGCAUCCGCGACCCCGCCACCGCCCACACCCUGGACCGCGGCCUCGUCGUCUGGUUCCAAGGUCCCCGGAGCUUCACCGGCGAGGACUGCGCCGAGCUGCACGUGCACGGCGGGCCGGCGGUGCUGAGCGGGGUGCUGCGGGCGCUGGGGCGCCUGCCCGGGCUGCGUCCCGCCGAGCCGGGCGAGUUCACGCGCCGCGCGUUCCGCCGCGGGAAGCUGGACCUGACGGCAGCCGAGGGCCUGGGGGACCUGAUCCGGGCUGAGACCGAGGCACAGAGGAGACAGGCCCUGAGGCAGAUGGAGGGAGAGCUGGGACAGCUCUACCAGCGCUGGAGUGACACCCUCACCCAGGCUCUUGCCCACCUCGAAGCCUACAUCGACUUCAGUGAGGAUGACAAUGUGGAGGAAGAGGUCUUGUGCCAAGUGGAUGGCGCCGUGCGGGCGCUGCAGCAGGAGCUCGGUGCCCACCUGCAGGACGGGCGCCGUGGGGAGCUGCUCCGUGGGGGGGUUCACACCGUCAUCGCCGGCCCCCCCAACGUGGGCAAGAGCAGUCUGCUCAACCUGCUGUGCCAGCGUCCCGCAGCCAUCGUGUCGCCCGUGGCGGGGACGACGCGGGACGUGCUGGAGGUGGCGCUGGACGUGGGCGGCUACCCGCUGGUGCUGAGCGACACGGCCGGGCUGCGCCACGCCACCGACCCCGUGGAGCAGGAGGGGGUCAGCCGGGCACGGCACCGGCUGCAGCGAGCAGAUCUGGUGUUGGCUGUGCUGGAUGCCACCGUGGUGCCCACCGAGCCGGCCAAGCUGGGGGCUGCCCUGGGGUCUCUGCUGCCCCCCACUGCCCCCCCCUGCAUCCUGGUGCUCAACAAGGCCGACCUGCUGCGUGGUGAGGGGGAAACCCUGCGUGAUGCCUGCAGCCAGGGGGACCCUCUGCCCCCCACCACCCUCCUGUCCUGCAAGACGGGCGAGGGGCUGGACAACCUCCUGGGGCUGCUGGCACGGCAACUGGCACGGCUAUGUGGAGACCCCUUGGCUGGCUCACCCAGCCUCACCCAGAGCCGGCACAGCCUUCACUUGGGCGACUGCGCCACGGCCUUGGCACGGUACGGCCACGAGCGCCGGCGGGACCUGGGGCUGGCAGCCGAGCAGCUGAGGCUGGCACGGAGGCACCUGGGCAGGAUCACCGGCCACGUGGGUGCUGAGGAUGUCCUCGACAUCAUCUUCAGGGACUUCUGCAUUGGCAAGUGAGGAUGCCCCCAGGAUGUGGUGCCCCCGGCGCUGGGGAGGGCGGGCAGGGGAGCUCUGGGCUCUGUGCUGCUAUUAAACUGU